UUCUCUGAUAUCAUUAUCUGUAAUACUUUCUUCUCCCUCAUCUGUGAUCUCCAUCAUCUUUCUCUGCAAUAAUAUAAGAUAAAUAGCCAUGGCGAUUCGUUUUCCCAGUAUUUUGCAUGCUAAGCACAUUCUCCGCCGAUCAAACUCGUUUGCAAAGCAAGCAGCUUCAACAUCUUUAGAUGUUCCAAAAGGCUACUUUGCAGUAUAUGUUGGAGAGAGUCAUGAAAUGAAGAGAUUUGUAGUUCCGAUAUCACUCCUGAAACAGCCUUCAUUUCAAGAAUUGCUAAACAAGGCUGAGGAAGAAUAUGGCUUCGAUCAUCCAAUGGGUGGUCUCACAAUUCCCUGCAGUGAAGACAUCUUCAUUGAUCUCACUUGUCGCUUACAUGAACUGUGAUACUGGUCACUACAAUACAACAGCAAAGACAAUUUUGUAAAUCAAUGUAUAUUCUUGUUACUUUUGCAAUUCAGAGUUUCGACCCAUUUAUUUAUUUA